CCGUGGUGAUAGUGAAUAAUUGAGAAGGUACGGCCAGACAAACAGCGAGAGCUGCUAAAGAGAGAGAAAUAAACGUGAAAAGAAUCUUUUUAAAGACAUUUAACUAAAUAAUUCAGUCUAUUAAACUUUUACUACUAAUAGGAUACACUACCACACACUGCUCGGCAAUGGAGGGAGACGUGGAUGAAGAUGACGAUACUUUUACUAACAUCUCACUAGCUGAUGAUUCAGCUGAAGGCGCACCAAGAGUCCUGCUUUUGAGACCGGAGGACCAAUACAGAACCAUGAACUGUGAAAUUGAUGGAGAUAUGGAGAAUCAGGUUGAGCAGGAGGAGAAGACGAGGCUCAUUAACCAAGUGCUGGAGCUUCAGCACACUCUUGAGGAUCUUUCUGCGCGCGUGGAUGCGGUGAAAGAAGAGAACCUUAAGCUUAAAUCUGAGAACCAGGUUCUUGGGCAGUACAUCGAGAACCUCAUGUCUGCCUCCAGCGUGUUUCAGACCACCGACACCAAAGGCAAACGGAAAUAAGCGACGGUGUGGAUCACGUUUGUGUAGUUCAUCAUCCGCUCUUUUCAACAUUCAACCGAAACGCCAAUACAUAAGCCGCUGUUUUAUUUAUUUUGUUCGUUUACAAUAUACUGAUGCAUCUGUUAGCAUGGUAUGGUUAUUACUUGAAUGGACUAAACUGCUGUCUGUCCUUUAAAGGGGGGGGGGUAUCUUUCGAUAUUUUCAUGGUUUCAGUGUUGUAAAUAUGUUUUGAUAUCACUAUAGUAAGAAUUACUUCAGUUACAUUUUUCAUUUAUAUGUUUAGAGAUAAAGAGAUUGACCAGAAGGCGAAACAAUACGUAGCAUUAGGCCAACAUAUGCUCGAUCAUUUCCUAUUUACCAAAAUCCUAAUAAUUUCAUCAUAUAACUGCGCAAAGCACGAAAGCUCAUCAGUUAAAAUAAGAUAGGAAUCAAAAGUAAGCAUAAAGAAUCGCAGUAUUAUCUUAUUUUCUCAUAUUCAUGUAAUAUUGUAUGACCAGGACUACGUUGAUUUCCAUCCUUUAACAACUUGCACUAAUACAAAUAAGUUGUAGUAGAAUGCAAAAUGCAUUUUGUGAAAAAUUAAGUUCAGAACUUAAUAACUAGUUUGAAUAACAUUUUCAGACACAAUAGCUAAUUAAUAUUAGUUAUUAAUACGCCAAUAUUUUCCAGCUUUUAUUUUUACAUCUGUUGGCUUGGAUGUAAAUAACAAUGUGCACUGUAAAAUAAAAAAAGUUAAAACUUACAUUUUUAAGUUUCAUCAAUUUAAAGGUACAAUUAAUUUGAACUUUCUUGACUAGUAAAGAAUUCCUGUAAAUUAGAAAGUUAAAUUAGCUUAAGUUAUUUCAAUGUAAUUUUUAUAAUUUAUAGCAACUCCUCACUUGUCAAGGAAGUUGAAAUUAAUUUCAAAUUGACUGAACUUAAAUUUUUAAAAAAAUUUUUUAUAGAUGUGGACAGUAAAGCACACAUCUGAUGUGUAUAAUGAUGUGCACAUACUAGGGAUGCAUAACGAUUAAUCGCGAUUAGUCUAUAGCAGAAUAAAAGUUUUUGUUUACAUCAUGUGUGUGUGAACUGUGCAUAAUAAUUAUGUAUAUAUAAAUAUGCACACAUGCAUGUGUAAUUUUAAGAAAGAAUAUAUAUUUGAAGAGUUUCGUUGCAAAACGAGAUAACCACCGUUUUUUUAAUUGUUCAGAAAUCUCGUUUUUUGGUUGUGCAUUCCAAUUAGUUUCAAUGCAACUGCAGUUGGUUUGUUUUGAUUUAACUUCAUAACUUACAAUGUAACUUAAAAUAACUUAAAAAUACAGCUAAGUAGCAUCAUAAAGCAUCAUAGUAGCAUCAUAAAACAAAAUAAUAGCAUGAUAACAUAAUAAUAAACAUGUUUUGACAAAUAUGUUAAAAAAUGGAUUUAUCUCAUUUUGCAACGAAACUCUUCAUUUAUAUAUGAGUAUUUAUAUAUGAUAUAAAUUCUAUAUAUAUUUAUCUAUACAAAGUUAUUAUAAACAGUUCAAACACAUAUAUGAUGUAAACAAAAACUUUUAUUGUGCUAUAGAUUAAUCGCGAUUAAUCGAUAUGCAUCCUAGCACAUACAUGUUCCUUUGAAAGUGCAUGACAUCCCAUUACUUCUCAAUGCAUGAUUGUAAAAAAAGCCUAGGAUAGAUAUCUGAAUGUCAGUAACCUAAACCACUCUAACUCAGCCCAUUUGUCAGUCCUUUGUUAUAUUUUAAGAGGGCCCUGCCCCACCAAAUUAGAUUUACUUUCUUUGAUACUUGGAUGUAUUGCAGAUUUUCUGACUAGUGCACAGACAUAACUGCCAUCUUUGCUGUGGGAUCGAUAGACUAAAAUGGCUUGUGUGUUAAACUCCAGCAUUGUGUUGGAGAGGACACUAUUCAUGUUUUAAUCCUAGAGAUGAAAUGGUGGAAGAAAUAGACUGUCAGGCUUUUAACGUUUGCAGCGAGGUUGACUGAGUGAUAUUGAUCUGUCUGAUCGGGAAGCUAUGGAGGCCCAUUUCUGUCACAUAACAAUAAAAAUAAUAAUAAAGCUUUGGUAAUUUAGCAUUUAAUUCAGAUUGAUAAAUCCAUGAUUUUAACUGACCCAAAGUUAGUGAUUUCAGAUGUUUUAUCUUAAAAUAAACCUUUUAAUCUUGUAAUUUUUCUAAAUCAUUUAGGAUUUUUAUCUCAUAUCUUUUAACUUUCAUAGUGUUAUAUUUUAUUAUUUUGUAUUGAGAUUUACCUUCUUUUCGGAAAUGGGCCUAAGGAAGCAGUCUGCUGGUUAAGUGACAUUUAUGAACACAGAUGCUCUUUGCUCAGAUUUUGCAGAUGUGAAUCUGUCAGUAUGAAUAUAAGAAACAGAAAAUGAUUUGGCACAGAUACUGGCUACCACCACACUACAUCAUUAUUAUUCUGUAGUGUUUAUUGUUAUGAAUGUUUAUUUAUGUUUGCAAGCACCUGAUGCAAGUAUACUGCCUGUUAUGAAAGUGUACAUUUUUAUUUUGUUACAAUUACGCCUUUAAUAAAAUAAUUUGCCUUUGCACAAA